GGCCCUAUCAGACUCCUUCGCUCUCGGGCCCCGCCCGGCCUCGGCACCGCCUCGGGCUGGCGGGCCCGCCCCGGCCGCAGUCCGCUCUCGUUCCGCAGCAUGGAGGCGCCGCUCGGCUUCCGCGGGCGCCGGGCGCUGGUGACUGGAGCUGGGAAAGGGAUCGGGCGCGCCGUGGCCGUGGCGCUGAGCAAAGCCGGGGCCCGCGUGACCGCGCUGAGCCGCACAGCGGCGGACCUGGAGAGCCUCGGCCAGGAGUGCCCGGGCAUCGAGCCCCUGUGCCUGGACCUCGCCGACUGGGACGCCACGGAGGCGGCGGUGGGCGCGGCAGGGCCCUUCGAGCUGCUGGUGAACAACGCGGCCGUGGCGGUGCUGCAGCCCUUCCUGGAGGUGACGCGGGAGGCCCUGCAGCGGUCUUUUGAUGUGAAUCUUCAGGCUGUGCUUCAUGUUUCCCAGAUUGUGGCUCGGCAGAUGAUUGCACAGGGGGUGGCAGGUGCUAUUGUGAACGUCUCGAGCCAGGCGUCUCGGCGUGCUCUGCAGGAUCAUGCUGUGUACUGUUCCACAAAAAGUGCUUUGGAUAUGCUGAGCAAGGUAAUGGCAAUGGAACUAGGACCCCACAAGAUUCGAGUUAACACCGUGAACCCCACAGUGGUUAUGACUGACAUGGGGAGAAUUAAUUGGAGCGACCCUCAGAAAUCUGCUGCCAUGAUUAAUCGAAUUCCACUGGGAAAGUUUGCAGAGGUGGAUGAUGUAGUAAACAGCAUUCUCUUCCUGCUGAGUGACAAGAGCGCUAUGACAACUGGCAGCUCACUGAUGGUUGAUGGGGGAUUUCUUGUCUCCUAAGAUGACACCUGCAUUUCACACCCGGCCUUAAUUUCCAUACUAGUACUUCAUAGAUGUAAACUGCAUAGGAAACAAUGACACAGACCCAGUCUUGCUGGAGAAGGCUGGAAGCUUUAUGAGAAGUGUGGCAGAAAGCUACCUUUAGAAGAUGGCUAUAUAAUAAAGCUCACGUACACCGUCA